AUGUUUGAUGAUGAGAUGAGAUCUCAGAUGAGAUCUCAGAGUGGAAGAAGCCAAAAGUCGAUUUGUCGCAAAAGCUUUCUCUUCAAAGUCUUUGCAUGCAUUUUUCAGUUAGGUCCAAUUUUGUAUUAUAUUCGAGCUUUAAUAGAAGGGAUUCGUUUUCGAAAAGAGAAAAACGCAAAAGAGGCGAGGAAACAUUUUUGCAAGAAUUCAUUUGCAGUUUAUGUGCAAAUCGUCUCUCUCUUAUUGUCCCUUUCAUCCGCUUGCUGGUCGAUCUCAAUUCAACACCGAAGUCUACGCCUUUGCCGGCCUGACAAAGUCAACAUGCAUCCGCAUGAAAGCGUUCUACAGUCUGUCAAAGCCCCAUUCAAUUUCUGGAUUGAGAUGGGGAUUGAUCGGGCUGACGGGAGAACAAGGCGACAGUACACGAUUGCGCUUCGU